CUCUUAUUUAUAUCAUUCCAACCCUAGUAGAAUUGGGUACUAAAGCUGCAAUGUAGUCGCAAUUGAUGAAUAAAUGGUUGCAUGUCUCAUCAUCCUUAGCACAAAGCGCACACACGGUGUUCAUAUCAUGAAAAGGAGCUCCGUGGCCAUGGAUCGAGAGUGGGGUUCGAAGCCGGGGAGCGGAGGAGCCGCCUCCGCUCAGAACGAGGCCAUCGACCGCCGCGAACGGCUUCGAAGAUUAGCCCUAGAGACGAUUGAUCUCGCGAAAGAUCCAUAUUUUAUGCGAAACCACCUCGGGAGCUACGAGUGUAAGCUCUGCUUGACGCUUCACAACAAUGAGGGAAACUACUUGGCCCAUACUCAAGGGAAGCGCCACCAGACCAAUUUGGCCAAGCGGGCUGCUCGCGAAGCCAAAGAGGCGCCUGCUCAGCCGCAGCCUCACAAACGCAAAAUCUCGCUCAAAAAGACAGUGAAAAUUGGCAGGCCUGGCUAUCGGGUGACAAAGCAGUUUGAUGCAGAUACGAAGCAAAGAUCUCUUCUUUUCCAGAUUGAAUAUCCUGAGAUUGAAGACAAUACAAAGCCAAGGCAUCGAUUUAUGUCCUCCUUUGAGCAGAAAAUCCAGCCGUUCGACAAAAGAUAUCAGUUUCUUCUGUUUGCUGCAGAACCAUAUGAGAUCAUUGCCUUUAAGGUUCCUAGCAUAGAGAUUGACAAAUCAACUCCAAAAUUCUUCUCACAUUGGGAUCCAGACACAAAGAUGUUCACUUUGCAAUUACACUUCAAGACAAAGCCACCGGAAGCAAAUAAACCUCAACCUCCUCCUACUGCCAAUGGGACUGAAGCUCCUCCUGCUCCGCCAGCUCAAGCUCCACCACCGCCACCUCCACCACCACAAGGACAUCCCCCUGGAGCUCCACCACCCCGGGGCCCACCCACCGCGCCUGGGUCAGUCCCGCCUCCGCCCAUGGCUAAUGGACCUAGACCCAUGCCUCCAGGUGGCAAUAUGCCUGCCCCUCCACCUCCUCCGGUCGGUGGUGGCCCUAUGCCGAAUUUCAUUCCAGGCAAUAUGAUGGGGAGGCCUCCAAUGAUGCAGCACCCUCCACAAGGGUAUCUCGCUUUUGUCGCUCCCUUCUUCUCCGGCGAUCUAUCUGAUUUCUGCCCCUUCGAAUUCAUGGCUGCUUCCAGCUCCGGGAACUCGAUACCUGCUUCAGAGGCAGUUCAAGUUAUGGUCUCGUCUCUAGCUGAUGACUCUCCCAGAGUCAGAGAAGCCUCCAUGUCUGCUCUCAAGGAUCUCACAUCACUGAACCCACUACUGGUCCUUGAUUGCUGCCUAACUGUUUCAAGAGGUGGACGACGGAGGUUUGGGAAUAUAGCUGGUUUGUUUCAAGUAAUAUCUGUGGCGAUUUGUGCAUUGGAUAAGCAAGAUGUUGAUCCUGCUUUCAUGAUGAAGCUUGCCAAGAUUGCGACAGCUGAGGUUAUAUCAACAAAGGAACUGAGUUCCGAUUGGCAAAAGGCUGCAGCUGGUGUCCUUGUAUCUGUAGGAUCCCAUCUUCCUGAUCUGAUGAUGGAAGAAGUAUUUUUUCACCUCACUGGUUCAAAUUCAGCUCUUCCCGCUAUGGUUCAAAUACUCGCAGACUAUGCAUCAUCUGAUGCUUUGCAGUUUACUCCACGAUUAAAGGGUGUUCUUGCUAGAGUAGUACCCAUUCUUGGGAAUGUGAAAGACAUAUACCGACCAAUCUUUUCAAAUGCGCUUAAAUGCUGGUGCCAGGCAUGCUGGCAGUAUAGUGUGGAUUUCUCCUUGUCACCAGUGCUUGAUGCUGAUGUUGUGUCUUUUCUUAAUUCUGCCUUUGAGCUCCUACUAAGGGUUUGGGCAAUGUCACGGGAUCUCAAGGUUCGCGUAUCUGCUGUGGAAGCUUUGGGUCAGAUGGUUGGUCUUAUUACACGAACACAGUUGAAAGCAGCCUUACCAAGGCUUGUUCCAACUAUAUUGGAGCUGUACAAGAGAGAUCAAGAUGCUGCGUUCGUGGCUACCUGUAGUCUUCAUAGUUUGUUAAAUGCAUCAUUACUCUCUGACAAAGGCCCUCCUUUACUUGAUUUUGAGGACCUUACUGUUGUUUUGUCAACUCUUCUAGUGGUUUGCAGCAAUAAUGAUAAAAAAGAGCAUUCAGAAUUUCAACUGGGACUGAAGACUUAUAAUGAAGUUCAACAUUGUUUUCUAACACUUGGGUUGGUGUACCCUGAGGAUUUGUUUGUGUUCCUUCUUAAUAAAUGUAGGUUGAAAGAAGAACCAUUCACCUUUGGUUCCCUUUGUGUUUUAAAGCAUCUAUUGCCAAGGUUGGCUGAGGCUUGGCACAAUAAACGACCUGUCUUAAUUGAAUCAGUAAAGCUGUUAAUAGAUGAACACAAUUUAGGGGUUCGUAAAGCUCUUGCAGAGUUGAUUGUUGUUAUGGCUUCUCACUGUUACCUGGUUGGUUCCUCUGGAGAGUUGUUCAUUGAAUAUCUUGUACGCCAUUGUGCAAUGACAGAUCUGGAAAAUGCUGAUGAUGAGAGUUCGAAGGAAUCAUCUAGGUUCACACGCAAUUAUAACCCCUUUGUAUAUAACAAAUUGGAGCUUAAGGCAAGCGCUGUCACUCCAACAGAGCUAAGAGGCAUCUGCGAAAAGGGCCUUCUUCUAAUAACCGUGACAGUUCCUGAAAUGGAGCAUGUUCUCUGGCCAUAUCUGUUGAAAAUGAUUACUCCACGAAUUUACACUGGUGCAGUCGCAACUGUGUGCCGAUGCAUCUCAGAGCUGUGCAGACGCAGAUCCUCUGGAAGUAACAUGAUGCUUUCAGAGUGUAAGGCCCGCACUGAUAUUCCACAACCCGAGGAACUUUUUGCUCGCUUAGUGGUACUCCUGCAUGAUCCUCUGGCAAGGGAGCAUUUGGCAACUCAUAUCUUGACUGUCCUCUGGUACCUAGCACCACUCUUUCCAAAGAACAUCAACUCUUUUUGGCAAGAUGAGAUUCCAAAGAUGAAAGCAUAUGUGAGUGAUACUGAAGACCUAAAGCAGGAUCAUUUAUAUCAAGAAUCAUGGGAUGACAUGAUUAUCAGUUUUCUUGCAGAAUCUCUGGAUGCGAUUCAGAGUGUUGAUUGGGUGCUAUUACUAGGAAAUACAUUUGCUAAGCAUUAUGAACUUUAUAAAUCUGAUAAUGAGCACUCUGCAUUGCUUCAUCGGUGUCUUGGCAUUUUGCUGCAGAAAGUUCAUGAUAGAACUUAUGUUCAUGCCAAAAUUAAUCAGAUGUGCAGACAAGCCAAUAUUGCUGACCCUACAAAUAGGCUUGGUUUAGCUAAAGCCAUGGGAUUGGUGGCAGCAUCACAUUUGGAUACCGUUUUAGAUAAACUUAAAGACAUUUUAGACAACAUUGGCCAAACUAUCUUACAAAGAAUUCUUUCUUUUUUCUCGGAUAGAGCUAAAAUGGAAGAAUCAGAUGAUACCCAUGCUGCUCUGGCACUGAUGUAUGGCUAUGCUGCUAAAUAUGCUCCACCAACAGUUAUUGAAGCCAGAAUAGAUGCACUUGUGGGAACCAAUAUGCUUUCACGAUUACUACAUGUACGUCAUCCCCGAUCAAAGCAGGCUAUCAUUACUGCUAUUGAUUUAUUAGGUCAGGCUGUAUUUGGUGCGGCUGAAAAAGGUAUAUCAUUCCCAUUAAAAAGAAGAGACCUAUUACUUGACUAUAUAAUAACUCUAAUGGGCCGAGAUGAGGAAGAUGGGUUUUCUGAAUCUAACAUUGAGCUUCUUCACACCCAGUCCCUUGCUUUAAGUGCCUGCACUACGCUAGUAUCUGUGGAGCCAAAACUGAUUUCUGAAACAAGAAAUCUUAUUAUGAAGGAAACUAUUGGAUUUUUUGGUCUACCAAACGAUCCUUCUGAUGUUAUUAAUCCUCUUAUAGACAAUCUUAUUACCCUUUUAUGCACGAUACUGGUCACAAGUGGAGAAGAUGGCAGGAGUCGAGCAGAUCAACUAUUGCAUAUACUGAGAAAGAUUGAUCCAUUUGUUUCCUCUUCUUUGGAGUAUCAAAGAAAAAGAGGAUGCCUAGCGGCUCAUGAGCUGCUUGUCAAGUUUCGUACUAUCUAUGUCAAUGGAUAUUGUGCACUGGGCUGUCAGGGUAGCUGCACCCAUAGCAAAAAAAUUGACCAUUCUUCCAAUCGCAACCAUUCUAAUUUACCAUCUGCAUUUUUUUUACCCAGUCGUGAUGCAUUGUCAUUGGGAGAGCGGGUAAUGCUAUAUCUUCCUCGAUGCAUAGAUACAAAUUAUGAAGUUAGGAAAGUCUCUGUUCAGAUUCUAGAUCUUUUGUUCAGUAUAUCUUUGUCCCUGCCUAAGCCCAUAAGUUCAAGUCCGAGCACCGAUAUCGAGCGGUCUUAUAAUGCUUUGUCUUCCCUUGAGGAUGUUAUAGCUAUCUUAAAAAGCGAUGCUUCAAUAGAUCCAUCUGAGGUGUUCAACCGGGUUGUAUCAUCUGUUUGUACCUUGCUAAAUAAAGAUGAAAUUGCUGCUGCUUUGCAUGGUUGCUCCGGUUCUAUAUGUGACAAAAUCAAGCAAUCAGCCGAAGGUUCUAUUCAAGCAGUGAUUGAGUUUGUUACGAACAGAAGAAAUGAGUUAAAUGAGAUUGAUGUUUCAAGGACAUCACAAUCUUUGCUCACUGCUGUGUUUCAAGUUACUGAGAAGUAUUUACGUCAGGAAGCUCUUGGAGCUAUAUGUUCGUUAGCUGAAUGCACAAACUCAAAAAUUGUGUUCAAUGAAUUAUUAGCUGCUGCAGGACGGGAUAUGGUGACAAAAGAUAUACAAAGACUACGCGGUGGUUGGCCAAUACAGGACGCUUUUCAUGCUUUUUCGCAACAUUUGGUACUUUCACAUUCAUUUCUGGAGCAUGUGAUAUUUAUCAUCAAUCAGUCUCCUAUCCUGAAGGGUGAUACUUGGAAAGGUGAGAGUUCAAGGAAUUCUGCUGACGGUAGCACAGAGAAUGAUGUUUCACGUACAGCAGUUGUUGCUCUCACCGCUUUCUUCAGAGGUGGUGGAAAAUUCGGGAGAAAAACUGUUGAGCAAAGCUAUGCCUCUGUGCUUGCUACACUUACUCUUCACUUUGGGACCUGCCAUGGUUUAGCUAGUACUGGGGAACAAGAACCACUGCGUGUUCUACUCAAUGCAUUUCAAGCUUUCUGUGAAUGUGUUGGUGAUCUUGAGAUGGGAAAGAUUCUUGCUAGGGGUGGAGAGAAAAAUGAAAAUGAGAAGUGGAUCAAUCUUAUCAGGGAGCUUGCUGGAAGCAUUUCCAUAAAAAGGCCAAAGGAGGUUCCAACUAUAUGUUUGUUCUUAAGUAAAUCAUUGGACUGUCCCCUAAGACUGCAGAGGGAAGCUGCUGCUGCCGCAUUAUCUGAGUUUUUACGAUAUAGUGAUGGCUUUGGUUCUCUUUUGGAACAGAUGGUUGAAGCAUUGUGCCGUCAUGUGUCAGACGACUCUCCAACAGUGAGACGUCUCUGUCUAAGAGGUCUUGUUCAGAUGCCAUCCAUCCAUGUCCUUCAAUACACUAUUCAGAUUCUUGGGGUAAUACUAGCUUUGCUAGAUGAUUCAGACGAAUCAGUUCAAUUAACUGCAGUUUCAUGUUUAUUGAUGGUUCUAGAGUCCUCCUCAUCUGAUGCUGUGGAACCUGUACUGCUCAACCUUUCAAUUCGGCUUCGCAAUCUUCAAGUUUGCUUCAAUGCAAAGAUUAGAGCAAAUGCCUUUGCAGCAUUUGGUGCACUCAGCACCUAUGUCGAAGGCCCGAUACUUGAUUCAUUUCGUGAACAGAUUCAUGCUGCCUUCCCCCGUAUGAUUCUACAUCUUCACGAUGAUGAUACAAGUGUCCGACAAGCUUGCCGGACCACUUUAAAAUGUCUUGCUCCAUUAAUUGAAAUUGAGUCAAUCCCUGCUCUUCUCAAUGCACUUCGGUUCAGUUCGGACCAUAGAAGUGAUUAUGAAGAUUUUUUGAGAGAUCUUGCAAAGCAACUCACUCAGUAUCUUGGCCCCCGAGUUGACACUUAUGUGUCAGCAAUAAUACAGGCAUUUGAUUCUCCAUGGCCAGUUAUUCAAGCCAAUGCCAUUUAUUUGUGUAGCAGUAUGCUUGCGCUUUCAGAUGAUAAGCACAUCUCAGCCCUUUAUUAUAGCCAGGUGUUUGGAUUAUUGGUGGGAAAGAUGAAACGUUCCAGAGACGCAAUUGUUAGAGCGACGUGCUCUGCAUCUCUGGGGCUGUUACUAACAUCUUCCUCCAAUUCAAGCUCAUGGAAGGAUUCUCGGCUUGAUCAAGGAGACCCCACAAGGACCCAUGAACAAGAGUCAACCCGGAAAUAAAAGUCUGAACUGACCGUGUUGUUAUUGGGGGCGAGCAUUUGUGGGCUCCGCCGUGGAUCAUACGCAACAUCAUCUCUAAGUCUCUAACUCAAUCAAGUCUCCAUGGAGAUUUCUUGGAAGAGGCGCUUCGUACAGGUUUA